AAUAGACAUUCUAUUCUUUAAAUAACAAUAAAUAACUCAAAAGUACUCGGGUAAUUUAGGUUCAUUAAAAACACAUUAGGAGAUCCGAUAAAUUGAAUAGAAAGAAAUUUCUAAUAAUACGUUUCGAAAACUUUAGGUAAGCUGUAAAACCGUGAGGAAUUGUUCAAAAAAAUCUGACUGAAAUGGUAUUUAUGUGACGAGCAUUGAGCUGAAGAAGAUAAAUCAAUGAAACAUAAGUUGAAAUUACUUCAGUAGUGUUGUGUUGGCUGUUAUUGAAAGUGUUGGAACGUGUAAAAAUUAAAGUUUAACAAGUUAUUUAAAUUAUUUAAGUUAAUUAAUUUUUGCAUAAAAAUGGUCCAUUUCGUGAAAAUAAUAAGACUGAUUAUAGCAGGAAUGUCAUUUAAAUUAAACAUAGAAACUUAUGAAGAUCGAAUUGAAUCAGAAAUUAAACAUGACUUUAUAAGUCGAUUUUUUUGUGUUCUUGGAGCAGAUGAAUUUUGUGAUGCAUUUGGAGAACGAAUAAAAUUUAACAUGGUUGAUCUAUUGGAAAAUCAGUGUUCAAAAUGUUCGCUACAAAUGCAAGCUAUAGGUUCAAGAGCGAUUCCGUAUCUCAAAGAUCAAUUUCCAGAUUUAUGGAUACUUCUUGUUAAAAAAUAUCAAAAAAAAGAAAAUUCCAUGGAAUCUUAUUUUUUGAGCGCUUACGAAUGUCUUAUUGAGGACUUAAAUUGUAAUUCAUCAUUUGAAUUAUUAAAAAAAGCUCUACCAGUGAUAUUAAAAUUAAAAUUUAUUCCUGGAGAAAAAGACGUGACGGUAUUGCUUGGUCAACAGUUGAGACUAGUGGAGAAAAAAUUCCCUUUUGUAUAUCAAGAAUUGCUGGACAAAUUUAAAGUUUCAUAACUCUAACAAUUUUGUUUAUGUAUAUAUUUGUAUUUUUAUAAAAAAUUAUAUC